AUGGAAGGAGACAACAACGAUGAUGGUGGCAUAGGCCACAAUCCACCCCCAAGAUUGUUGGAAAGUAUUCUAACACCGGUGUUCAAUAGGCCAAACUCAAGCAUAGUCAGGCCAACGGUGGAAGCAAACAAUUUUGAGUUGAAACCAUCAUUGAUUUCUUUGGUGGCAAGAGCUCAAUAUUCUGGUGCUGACGAGGAAGACCCACAUGAGUUCAUAGAUCGAUUUCUGAUGAUCUGUGACACUACAAAGCACAAUGGUGUGCCAGCUGAUGCUAUCAGGCUCCGACUAUUUCUUUUUGCUGUUAAGGGAAGUGCUCUCAAAUGGAUAGAAAGGCAACCAGCAAAUACUGGAGGUUCUAUUCGGCAGAGUACCUCAGAGCAAGCUCUCAAUCUGAUAAAGAAAUUGGCAAGAGAUGAAAAUGAGAGUGUUCCAACCUCAGUAAAAAGAGGAGUGAUAAAGCAAGAAAACAAUGACACUUUGCUCGCUGAACUGUUAUCCAAAAAGAUUGAUAGUAAGUUUGACAGUUUGGAGCAGCAAUUUCAAAAAUUCCAAGUGUCUCAUAUUCAAUCAACUCCUCAGGAAGCUCACAAAUCCAACGAAUGCUCUAAUUCGUUAUCAGAUGAUUCACCUCAACAAGUACAGGUGAAUGGAAUAUGGUAUGACCAGCGGCCUCAGCCGUCAAACUUUCCAAGGAACAAUAACUAUGGUGCUGGAGGUGGUGAUGGAAAUUUUCAGCGAAGAACUCAAGGAGCUGGCAUGGAUUACAAAUCUAAUAACUACCAGCAGCCUCCACAAAUUCAAGCAAAGGAACCCUCUGAAUUGGAAAAGCUAGUGGCACAGAUGGCUCAACAUUCAAAUGCUUUCAUAGAGGAGCAAAGAGCCAACAACAAAAAUACAAGUGCUUCCCUAAAGAACUUGGAGAAUCAGAUAGGCCAACUUGCAAAGCAGGUUUCAGAAAGAAUUCCGGGUACUUUUCCUAGUAAUACAGUUAUCAAUCCAAAGGAAGAUUGCAUGGCUAUUACCACUAGAAGUGGCAAAGUUGUAGCACCGCUUGCAAAUCCAAUUCUUGAUCGUGUGGAAGACAAGGAACAAGCGGAGAAGCAGAAAGGAGCAGUUGAACCAGAGGCUAAAAUAAUUGUGAAAGAAAAGGAGAAAGAAGCCGUCAUUGAAAAGGAAAAACCAUCUUUCUUUGAUAAGAAUUUCCCAUUGACCCAUGAAUAUAUAAUGGCUCAAGCACCUUACCCAGAAAAGUUCAAGAAAGAGGUUACUAACAACCAUUAUGACAGGUUCUUAGACAUCUUCAAGAAGUUGCACAUCAAUAUUCCUUUUGCAGAAGCCUUAGCAAAUAUGCCUGGAUAUGUAAAAUUCAUGAAGGAUCUGUUGAAGAAGAAUAAACUGCAAGAAUGCCAAACCGUUGAACUUACUGCAAAAAGUAGUGCAUUCAUUCAGCAGAAGAUUCCAGCUAAGCUUCGUGAUCCAAGUAGUUUUAAUAUUCCCAUUACUAUUGAUGAUAUUGCCAUUGGCAGAGCUAUUUGUGAUCUUGGGGCUAGUAUCAACUUGAUGCCUCUUUCUAUUUAUAAGUCACUGGGAAUUGAAGAAUUGAAACCCGCAGAAGUUUCUCUUCAACUUGCUGAUAGAUCUGUGAGGAAACCUAACGGGAUCAUUGAAGAUGUUCUUGUCAAAGGGAAGGAAGUGAUAAGCUCUGCUUUUAGGUAG